AUGGUGUCGCAUCAUCUCUCCACCCGAAACCGAUGGAUAAAUUCCAAUGUGGACAAUGUCCAAGAAACUUCAAGCGACAAGAGCACCUCAGGCGACAUCAAAAAGGUCACGAAACGCACAGACGCUUCGAAUGCGACAUCUGCCACAAGGGCUUUACUCGCAGACGCGAUGUUACUCGGCAAAGAGCCUGUCUGGAAUGUGCCCGAGCACGAGAGAAGUGCUCAAGAAGUACACCCUGUCAAAGAUGUUCAAUAA